AGUACAUCUCCAGAACUCUGUUUGACGGUCGUCAGUGCGUUCUGCCUGACGCGCAGAUAGUGGACUCAAUCCAUGAUCAAAGGACCCUCCACGCGCAAAACAUGUACUUUCUGUAUGAUGUGAGGUUUCACGACUUAAUGUGAUCAUUUGAAAAUGUUCCUACUUAUUUGAAUGUAAUUUCACGCGUUUGUCAUUGUUUAGUUUUUUUUCUCCUGGAGAUGGGGUGCGCAAUAUCAGGCUUGGUACCAAAACAAGUCGGGGACGUGAUUGACGAUGUUCCCAUUGUGCAUCUAACUGACGAGCACAGGGAGAUAAUCAAAGAGACGUGGAAAGUCAUCCAACAGAACAUCGCGAAAGUUGGCAUUAUUAUGUUUGUUGGGUUGUUUGAGACCCAUCCAGAAUGCAAAGACGUUUUCUUCCUGUUCCGAGACGUGGAAGACCUGGAGAGGCUGCGGAACAACAAGGAGCUACAAACUCACGGCCUACGGAUAAUGCACUUCAUUGAGAAAAGCGUGGCCAGACUUAAUCAGAUGGAACGACUGGACCAACUGAUCCUAGAUCUGGGCAAAAGCCACUAUCGUUACAACUCCCCUCCGAAGUACUACAUGUACGUGGGGGCAGAGUUUAUUCGAGCCGUCCAGCCAAUCCUGAAGGACAACUGGACCUCAGAAGUGGAGGAGGCUUGGAAGACGUUGUUCCUGUACAUCACCAGUAUCAUGAAGCAAGGCUAUGUGGAAGAGGAGAAGAACCAGAGGAACACCAUGGCCAACACCAGGAGAGAGAGACCAGAGAAGAGGCUCAAUGUCAUCUAGGAGCAGCCUACUCUCCAGUCAACUUGUACAGUGCAUUCGGAAAGUAUUCAGACCCCUGGCCUUUUUCCACAUUGUGUUUCAUUACAGCCUUAUUCUACAAUAUAUUAAAUAAAUAAAAACAUAUCAUCAAUCUGCAAACAAUACUCCAUAAGGACAAGGCAGAAACCGGUUUAGAACUUUGUGAAAAUGUAUUUAGUAAAACAGAAAUACCUUUACAUAAGUAUUCAGACCCUUUGCUAUGAGACUAGAAAUUGAGCUCAGGUGCAUUCUGUUUCCAUUGAUCAUCCUUGAGAUGCUUCUACAAAUUGAAGUCCACCUGUGGUAAAUUCAAUUGAUUGGACAUGAUUUGGAAAGACACACACCUAUCUAUAUAAGUUCCCACAGUUGACAGUGCAUGUCAACCAAGCCAUGAGGCCGAAGGAAUUGUCCGUUGAGCUCCGAGACAGGACUGUCCUUAGGCACAGAUCUGGGGAAGGGUACCAAAAAAGCUUUAAAGGUCCCCAAGAACACAGUGGCCUCCAUCAUUCUUUAAUGGAAGAAGUUUGGAACCACCAGGACUCUUUGUAGAGAUGACUGCCCGGCCAAACUGAGCAAUCGGGGGAGAAGGGCCUUAGUCUGGGAGGUGACCAAGAAACACGAUGGUCACUCUGACAGAGCUCCAGAGUUCCUCUGUGGAGAUGGGAGAACCUUCCAGAAGGACAACCAUCUCUGCAGCACUCCACCAAUCAGGCCAUUACGGUAGAGUGGCCAGACAGAAGCCACUCCUCAGUAAAAGGCACAUGACAGCCUGCCGGAUUUUGCGAAACGGCACCUAAAGGACUUUCAGACAAUGAGAAACAAGAUUCUCUGGUCUGACGAAACCAAGAUAGAACUCUUUGGCCUGAAUGCGAAGCGUCACGUCUGGAGGAAACCAGGCACCAUCCCAACUGUGAAGCAUGGUGGUGACAGCAUCAUGCUGUGGUUGUUUUUUCAGAGUUGGGACUGGAUGACUAGCCAGGAUCGAGGGAAAGAUGAACGGAGCAAAGUACAGAGAGAUCCUUUUUAUUUAUUUAAAAAAAAAUGUUUUACCUUUAUUUAACUAGGCAAGUCAGUUAAGAACAAAUUCUUAUUUUCAAUGAAGGCCUAGGAACAGUGGGUUAACUGCCUGUUCAGGGGCAGAACGACAGAUUUGUACCUUGUCAGCUCGGGGGUUUGAACUUGCAACCUUCCGGUUACAACGCUCUAACCACUAGGCUACCCUGCCGCCCCCACUAGGCUACCCUUGCCGUCAUCCUUGAUGAAAACCUGCUCCAGAGCGCUCAGGACCUCAGACUGGGGCGAAGGUUCACCUUCCAACAGGACAACAACUCUAAGCACACAGCCAAGACAACGCAGAAGUGGCUUCGGUACAAGUCUCUGAAUGUCCUUGAGUGGCUCAGCCAGAGCCCGGACUUGAACUGAAUCGAACAUCUGUGGAGAGACCUGAAAAUAGCUGUGCAGCAACGUUCCCCAUCCAACCUGACAGAGCUUGAGAGGAUCUGCAGAGAAGAAUGGGAGAAACUCCCCAAAUACAGCUGUGCCAAGCUUGUAGUUUCAUAACCAGGAACAAGGGUGUAAUUGCAGCCAAAGGUGCUUCAACAAAGUACUGAGUAAAGGGUCUGAAUACUUAUGUACAUUUUUUAUUUUUAAUACAUUUGCAAAACAUUCUAUGGGCUAUUGUGUAUAGAUUGAUGAGGGUGGAAAAAAUAAUUGAAUCCAUUUUAAAACAAAGCUGUAAAGUAACAAUAUGUGGAAAAAGCCUAGGGGUCUGAAUACUUUCCGAAUGCACUGUAUAUGGAUUCAUUAAAGUAUAGGCCAACACUACCAGGGUCGUAUUCAUUAGGGCAUCCAAUAGAAAAUGUUUUGAAAUGUUUCGCAAUGAAACAUUAAAAUGAGUGUUUCCUAUUGGACAAGUCCCAGGAAAUCCCUGCAUAUUUCAGUCUGUUUUCUUCCAUUUUCUGCCUAAUGAAUAUUACCCAGAUGUCUGCUAGAUGGUGCGUUCAAAACAACUGGGAAUGAAUCAAAAGCUCAGACGGGGAAAAUUUGUGACGUCAGUGAUCUUCAGGUUGGAGAAGUCAGAGCUAGCUCUAGGAUGAUAAUUCCGAUUGGAUGCGUUGGGUGUCUGAGAGAUUAUAGCCUCUAAUUAUUUAACCAUGAAUGUGCACUUUUCAAAAUAUAUCUCCAGUCAACGUUGUUGCUAGCACGUGCACCCAAAAUAUAGCGUACCCUCUGGGUUAACUUGGUUUGAGUUUACGAAAACAGAUUUAAUACGACUACUAGUGUCAUCCCAGAUGAGGAAUAAGACACUAUUUCGGAGCACGUGUAAUGUUUGCCAAAGUACAAAGUAAUUACACACGCACUCUACACACACAUACACAUGGAUUUUGUAUUGUAGAUAUGUGAUAGUAGAGUAGUGGCAUGAGGGCUCCCACUUAAUGUGUUGUGAAGUGUUAUUGAAAUGUACAUGUCAUGUAAUAUUUGUAAUUGUAUAGAACUGCCUUAAUGUUGCUGCACCCCAGGAAGAGAAUGGGAUCCUUAAUCAAUACAAAUGACUAGUUGUUACACAGGAGUUAGCUAGUUAAAAUGAAGUGUAUCUUGAGGAGUAAUUACUUACACAGUACAUUACCCGUUCUGACAACCUUGCCAUUUUUUAUGUUUCUGGAAGUGCCAUCCAAGUCAGACAAUAAACACACUAGUGCACCAUAGAGCACAUUAUUUUCUUUAGAACUAUAGAGGAGGAGAAGUAAAAGUAAACUACUUAAGUAGUACUUAAAGAUUUGUGUAAUUUCAGCCAGUAGUUUUGAAAGUGGAGCUCAUGAGCCAAAAAAGUGGUUCCCGUUAUUUGUGUACCGCGUCAUCAAAUUGUGCCCUACGUCAUCAAUGUCGUGUGAUAUGUUACGUCCUGCAAAAAAUAAAUAAUAAUAUUUGUGUUUGUGGAA